CUGGCAAUUUUUUGCACCACGACUUCAGAUCUCUCUCUUCUGUGCAACAGGAGAUGGAAAGCUUGUCAUUCACCUCAGUUAGUUUGUUUUCCUUAAAUGACAAAGCAAUAGUUACCAUUCACACCAUUAACUGAUCUAUUAUUGUCAUACAUCUCUCAUGAUCUUUCUCCAGGUGAAGUAGAUGCUCUCUUCCAAAAUGACUUGUCAAGCCCUGGUUUUGAGUCUGGUUUGUGUUGCGCUUGGAAAGGCAAAAGUGAUUACGCAGACUGAGCAAAGAGCGGUGAAGGUGGGUGACAGCGUGACUCUCAGUUGUGCCCUGACAGAGCCCGAGGACAUCGUGCAAGUGACAUGGCAGAAAGACUCUGUAAAAUCACAAAGUAACAUAGCUACAUACAGCAAGUCAGCAGGAUUAAAGAUUCAGAAGCCCUACCAAGACCGGAUGAAUUUCACCAGCCUGUUGCUCAACAACACAAGCAUCACUUUCUGGAGUGUGGGAAUAGAUGACACAGGGUGUUACUUGUGCUUGUUUAACACCUUCCCGUUAGGCUCCUUUUCGGGACGUUCUUGCCUUGAAGUCUACGGUCUCAAUGGAUCUAUCCAUUACAACAUUUCAGAAGGUCAUCUGAUAGCCACCUGUAAUGCUAUUGGCCUACCGGAGCCCACCAUUAGCUGGAACAGUGUGUUCAAUUAUACAUCUACACAGGAGAAGUUCACGUACGAUAAUGGGGUCGUGUCCAUCACCAGUCAACUGAAGGUCUAUGACUCUCAGAACAUCAGCAAGGAGGACUUGACCUGCAGAGUAAGCAACGAAAAUGAAGAAAUGGAAUUGCCAAUAAGUAUGAAAAAAAGUAGAGGGAUUCAGGUUCUUGGGUCUGGCUAUUACUGUGACUCUUUCACUUGUCAUCUUGGUCCUGAUUCUCAUUGCACUGCGUUGGAGGAAGAAGAUAUGUAAGAGGAGCUGAAGUGGAUUGCAGAGGAUUUCCAUUCAUCUCCUGGAUUGUUACAGCCUAGCAUCCUGAAGUCAACACUAAAAGCAGAGACUUGCAUGACUGGAAAGUAGCAGCAGUAAAAGGAAAACACAUCAGGACCAAAGCUCUGAGCUCUCUACUCAGCAUCUUCAUUGCUGAAAGACUGGCAGGGUGUUUGAUUUCUGAUCUAAAGACUACAUCACGAGGAAAAGGACCAGAGGGAAUGCUUAGUCCUCUCUUCUGCUGCCAGAUGAUAUCUGCUCUGCUUAUGCCGUUCCUGGUACUGCUAGUCUGCAAAUGUAUUUGCUUUCUUCCCAUGGAAGCUGUGAGCAAUCUGGAGGUCCUCUUCAGUGCGUAACUGCUCUCAGUAAAGAGCUGGAGGGAUUAUUUUGCUAAUAGCUUUCUGCAUUGUUACGCUUUGUGACUCAGCGAUUCAUCAUUUUCUUCCUGCCGUCUUCUUUUCUUUCUUACCCAGCUAAUGCAGCUCCUUGCUCUUCCUUGAAAGUGUCAACAACUGUAUUUCUGAGCUACCUCUAGAAAGAUCUGCUGCUGGAGGUCUCAAGCCACACCAAAUCUGCCAAAAUUAUUGGUAAAAAGUCAGAAGGAUUCCAGUCAGGUGACAGAUUGAAGGCAGUAGCAGUCAUGGUUGGGAAAGAAGUGUUUUCAGUAAUGUAUUUUAUAUGGCUUUCUUUCAAUCCUGUUUUGAUUUGUUUGUUAGUUAGUUGAUUAUUUAAUAUGUAAAUAAGGAGAAGAUUGAAACAAAGCUCAGUAGUGGAACUACUGUCAUACCCUCCUUUAUGUCUGCUUUGCUGUCAUUCUCUCUGCCUUCUCAUGCAGUGCUGUUAAUGCCCCAGCCUGUUGCUUGCUUGCUUGUCAAAAAGCAUGGACUGGCCUCCUUGAUCAUCCUCGUGGUCAUCUGAUACGCUGCUCCAUCCCUUGUCUCUGUCUAUUCUUGUUGUUUAUAUUUAAGCAAAGACAAAUUGUUCUGUUGGCCAAAGGCAAUUAUUCCUUACAUAGACUUGUGUGGGAUGUUACACCCUAAGCUAACUGUGCUAUGGCACUGUGGAUUUAACAGGAUCAAUGGAAAGUUUUUACAGAAGCUGAAUUUGUUGCUUUGCUAUGGUUUUGAUGGCAGAGGAAAGCAUUGUGUUCCUCUUAGAAACUGAGACCUGACUGCUUCUGCUGCAGGUAGAAUCAGAGCCUCUCCAAGUUUUUUUUGUUUUGUUUUGUUUUCCCCUCUGAUUGCCAACCUGUGUCUGAAGGUCUGAUCAUUUCCAGGCUUGCUCCCAUGUUUGCCUGUCUCACUUUCUCUCACUGCUGCAGCAUGGCUCUGGGAGCAUCGAGCUCCCUGCACUGCCUUGCACCUAUCUGAUUUGCAGGGUGUCAGCAGUUAGGAAUGCCUCUGCCUCCCUGGGCCUAUCAUGUACCUCUGGCUGUGCCAACUUCAUGGACCAUGUCUCUGGCAGAAUGGAUGGAUAAAGGGACUGCAGGGGUCCUCUAUUAAUUUCUCCUCUACUGACGAGCACUGACGUUUAAAGUCUUGCUCAGUCUUUGUUCUGUCUUAAUAUUUGUCUGUUCCUCAGGAUCACUGCCAGUCUUUUGGGUUUAAGUAGUGCUUGUGCAUCUGAACUGCUCCAUCUCAUGAGACACGUGGAGGUUAAGACUGUGCUUCCUCACACGCGUGUGGAAUGGUUGGGGCUAGAAGGCUGUGGAGGGCAGCUCUGGAGGUGUCUGGCACAAACCCAAGCGCACAAGCCGGCUAAAAAGUCAACAGAGAAGUUUACCAGGAGCUAAAUUCUACAUUUCAGAACAGAGUUAUUUGUUCUGUAGAAGUCCAGCCAGAAUAAUGACUUAUAGAGUGGCUGCCUCUCUAGGGCCAAAAAAAAAAUGUGUGUGGUUAUGUCUGUGUAUAUCACUGACCAUGAGUGUUGAUGUUGAUGAGCUGCUGUGCAGGUGCAGUAUGAAUUAUUUAUCUGUAUAAACAACUCCAAUAAAUUUAUUUGGUAAAAAUA